AUGGCUGAUCUCGACUCCUACCUCGCCUACAAGCGGGAGACCAAAUACUUGGUAUUCUGGCUACUCCACACGUCCAACUCCAUCAUCACUGCCAAGGCGCCCCGUGAACCCAACCUCGAACCCAACACAACUGGCCAAGUCACGGUCGCAACCCUCGUGUCCCUUGCGAACCUCAUCUCUCAGUACACCAAGGAGACUCCAGGCAUUGUUCUUCGUGUCUUCAGGACUGUGAUCUCUGCCAGGAAAGCCACUUGUGUGCAGUAUGAGCGUCUCGCGGCGCAGAAUCCCGAUGACCUCUCGCUGGCAAGAGGCAAUGCAUCUCACCGUCACUUCAACGAAGCACUGGAAGCUGCGUAUAUUAAUCUCGGCGGAGGUGAUCGAUUGUUGGCGACAGCCUCCGAGGAAUACACGGACUAUGACGUCCAAGAGCUCGAGAGAAUGGUAUUCUCAAACAGUUUCUCAGCAUUGUCCGUCGAGGGAAGUGACGAAGACUCGGCAACAGAGUCAUUGGUAACUGCCAACAACAUCAUUCCCAUUAGAAGACAGCAGCGGAAGCCUGGAAAAGGAAGACGAGCCCGAAGGGGUGGCAGAACCAAGAGCGGAAGACAUGAUGUAUCACAGCGAAAAGCACUCGAGGGCAUAUCGGUCGACGGCUUUGGCAUCAUCAGCGACGAUGAUAGUCAUAUCAGCAUCGAGUACAUCAUGGCCGUGAGCUGCCUCGCUGAGGAGUGGUGCCACCUCCGCAGCUGGCUGAAUAUGGUCUGGUUUCGAGCCUCUCACGGCACCCUCAACAAUGCAGUUGCUGGUUCUAUCACAAAAGUCGCGUUCUCUAUCCAGAAACAGACGGAACUGGCCAUCUUUGUCGACUUUCAUGGUCGUGAUUCCUACAAAUCGGUCCUUGAAGCAUUGAACAGAGGUCGACACGGACUCUCACUUACCAAAGGACACUUCCUCAAUACUAGCGAUAGACAGGAUCUGAAAGAACAAUGUCUUGCCCAUACAUACAAGUAUCUGAUAGAUUUCAUUGCCGACUAUCAAAAGACCAGAACAGGCAAGCCUACCAAGCCCAUGCUGCGGGAAAUUGGCUCCUGGAGUCCGGAUGCGUGCCUGUCAGAUUUUACUCGCCCACAGAGACUCAAAUGGCGUCGAGCUUAUACUAUCAACUGGCUCUAUGACCUUGUCAACACAUAUGCGUAUCCUGCCAUGAAGGCUCAACGUUCUGUAACAGACACCAGGCUAGAAGACAUUGAUUGGAGCGCAAAUGGACCUUGGAAUCCAACCACCAGUAAUCAACGGCGGCUUUAUGGGCUGAAUGAGUUUGCGGCUGCAGUCACAGGCCUAGCCAUGCGAAGGGAAGGCACAGAUGUCAGCUCUCGAAUACCAUCAUCACUGGUGUUUCAACUCCAGAUUAUUGUGGACUCGUUCACUGUCAGUUAUGGAUGGAUGAACCUCGACCUGAAAGAUACACAGGCACAGUACAGUCUACACCCCCCGAGGACUGUCGACAUGAACAACUUUCUGGGUAAAUUCUGGCCUAAUGAUAACCAUGAUGCUACCAUGGCAGGUAUUCACUCCUCCAGAUUCAGCAACGUUGUCGAGAAGGGUCUUUGUGCAUUGUGGGAGUACUCUCCUGCUCUCUGCGGCACUGGUCUCGCAGAGGCCCUUGAUUAUUCGCAUAACGCUUCGCUCCUCAUGCUAAACAAGGCUAUCGAAGUCGUCUGUCUCAUGCAUAUUUACAACAAAGUUCGACGGACAGGACAUCUGACCCGACCUAUCGAUGUCUUUGAGGUCUUGCAGGUCACCUUUCCUGGUGUUUACCGAGAUGUAGGUGGUGCACCCCCGACAAAGGGGCCAUUCGGGGCUUCAAUGUGGCAACAGAUGUUACAGACAGAGAAGAGAGGAUGUAAGCGUGCACAACCUUACCCAUCCAACACAUUCGACGUCGAUAAAAUUCUUGUUACCCAGCCUGAUGGAUACUUUGACAACUCAACUCUUCUCUACGCGCUCCGAUCAGUCGAGUGGGACCCCUGCAGGGUGGCAGAUCAUGACCUGCCUCUGUACAGCUCGCUGCGAAGAUAUCGAAGAGUGGACCGUUGGAGCAGGACCAAGGCAGCCGAAAAUCUUGGUGAAAAGGAGUCUCUAGCCGCUCGCGAACGAGUGGCUGCCGUUACUGAGGAGGAAAUACAUGCUAUUUCAUCUCUCAAAUCGACAUUUGGAGCACGUUCGUGGCUGGAUUUGCCACCCUACAAAACGGGCCCUGCAGAUACGAAGAACCGUGACGAGCAGGACAACCUGACGCGAUCUUUCGAGCAAGGCUGUCUCGCCCACAAAUGGAAGCCAGAGCUUGACAACAGCAAAGCACCCGGCAGGGAUCGGCGAACGAGGCACGAAACCAUGCUUGCGCGCAUUGAGUGCGACAUCUACAACGAGAUAUGCGGCGGCGCACCCAUCCUCGGCUUGAACCUGCCGAGAAUAACCGUCGCCUUGAUGAAGCUGUUUGGCACCAUGGAUGAUGCCCUGUCCGCGGCCACGAACAAGACGUGGGCAGCGGCGCGUAUGAAGCAUGUCAGCAGCGAUUGUGACGUCUGCCUUGAGAAGCAGCGUCUGGCCCUCGCCAAGUACAUUCUCGAUGCGACGGAUGAUGAUGAGUGCCUCAAAAUUGUGGCAAAGGUGUUUGAACGGCCCGAGCUGGAGGAUCUCGCCGAUGCUGGCUUCUGGAACUUUGAUCUGGAUAUGACCAAAUUCUAUGGCAUGCAUCUUUGCGGUUGCAUGCGCAAGUCAUCGCUGUAUGGAUUUGUGUACUUUGCGUCUUGAGUACAAAGUGUAAAGCAGAAGUGAAGCUUGACGCUGGCUUGAUGAUUGUAGAAGAAGAGGGCAGUGGUUGCACACGCCAUGUACAGACUACUACGGGAUAGCCCG